CAGAGGAAAGCGUGAGUGCUACAGGAGCUGGCUCUGCUCAGGGUCUCCCAUCGCUGACAGAGCUGCUGCUGCUGCUGCUGCUGUUUGUCUAGCAGUUUUGUGGUGCUGUGAGGAAAUAAGAGAGGGGGGACUCAGUAUCCUCCAAACCAGGAACUAGCCCUGCUCUGCAUCUCCGUAUCGCUCUGGAAACUAAGCUACAAAGGACCUGCCGCUCCUCUCCAGCAGCCCACCCUCACCCUACCUGAACCCUCCUAUUUUCUCCCUCUGCCCUUGUCCUCGGCGGUUCCUCCGAAAUCCCGGGCCGGUAUAUGGAUAGAAGUUCCUUGUUUCAGCUCAUACAGGAGCAGCUGGACCCAGAGAACACCGGUUUCAUCGCAGUGGAGAACUUCACCAGUUUGGUGGAGCACCAUGAGCUGCAACUGGACCCCUCCAAGCUGGAGAUGCUGUUUGCCCUGGUGCAGAGCAACGAGGAAGGGCAGGUCUGCUACCAAGAGCUCAUUGAGCUGAUGAGCAGCAAACGUUCCAGUAGUUUCCGGCGGGCCAUUGCCAAUGGCCGCCGCACACUGCAGAGGGAGAUCCUGUUGGAUGAGACGGGUCUGGGAGUCUACAAGCGCUUUGUGCGCUAUGUGGCCUAUGAGAUCCUGCCCUGCGAGACUGACCGCCGCUGGUACUUUCAUCAGAACCGACUGUGCCCACCUCCUGUCUUUAUGGCCAUCAUCACCGUGGUCCAGAUCAUCGUGUUCCUCUGCUACGGUAUCAUGCUGAAUAAGUGGGUGCUGCAGACCUACCAGCCCGACUUCAUGAAGAGCCCCCUGGUCUAUCACCCUGGUCACCGAGCGCAGGUGUGGCGGUUCUUCAGCUACAUGUUCAUGCACGUUGGGUUGGAGCAGCUGGGGUUCAAUGCUCUGCUGCAGCUGAUGAUCGGGGUCCCCCUGGAGAUGGUGCAUGGCAUCCUGCGGAUCAGCCUGCUCUACAUGGCGGGUGUGGUGGCUGGCUCCCUGACUGUGUCCAUCACGGACAUGAGAGCUCCAGUAGUGGGGGGAUCUGGGGGGGUCUACGCUCUGUGCUCUGCGCAUCUGGCCAACGUUGUCAUGAACUGGGCCGGGAUGCGUUGCCCGUACAAGCUGCUCAGGAUGAUCCUGGCUCUCGUGUGUAUGAGCUCGGAGGUGGGGCGUGCCGUGUGGCUGCGCUUCUCCCCGCCCCUGCCCUCCUCGGGCCCUCAGCCCAGCUUCAUGGCCCACCUGUCGGGGGCAGUGGUGGGCAUCAGCAUGGGCCUGCUCAUCCUGCGCAGCUACGAGGAGAGCCUGCAGCGCCAGUGCUCCUGGUGGGUCAUCGUCUUCUCCUUCAUCACCUUCCUCCUCUUCGCCAUCUUCUGGAACAUCUUUGCCUACGAGCUGCUGGGCGUACAGAUCCCACCCCCUCCCUGAGGCAGGAUCCCGCCCCCACUCCCUCCCAAUCUGUCCCCCUCCCAUACAGCCUACUCCAUCCCUGCCCACACAUCGGUUAGGUAAAUUCAGGCAUACACCCACAGCACUGAUAUCUUGUUGGGAAACCAAACAGAACAGCAGUGCUACACUUCCUGUCACGUCAAACUAUUGUGUUUGACUUGCCGUGGCUUUGCAGGACACAUUCACUUCACACAGGACCAGGACCAAAUGUAGCUUAUAGCUCUGAAGUCACCUCUACAGAACAUUCUCACUGCAGCAGCAACAUGCCUCUUCAGCUGAUACUCACACCAAGCCCAAACCAGUCAAAGAGCGGCUCUCCAUAAAGCUGCACCUCUAUUAUCAACCAGGAGGACCCACUACUGAACCUCCUCACAAUCAUACAAAAUGGGGGCUGGCCCUUAAGGUGCUUUUCAUUUGAAUUAUUCUGUAUCCAAACAUACCACCCAUUGGUUCCCAAAAGUAGCAUACAUUUUGAGUGUAAAUUGCUGUCAAAACUAUCCGCACUGUGCAAAUCAAAACUCAGAGGAGUAGAUUAGAAUUUGAGUGGGUAUGAAGAGAGCAUGGCGAUGGAGGAGGGAGGUAAAAGCUAGCAGACCGCCCUGAGACCAACCAGAUGGUGCCCUGCCACUGCUGGUGAAGCCCCUGCUUGGUUACCUGCUCCCUGACUCACUUUCAGCAUAAGGUCGCCAUUCCGGCAGGUUUUAGCAGACCUAAAACUGGCGCCGCACCACGUCCGCUCCCCACCCUGCUAAAGAGGGGAAGAUCACACCUGCCUCACUCCAUGCCGCAGGAGUCACACAUACUGGACACCUACACAAGGGUUUCCGUACUGCUCUUCAUGAAAAAGUCCCCCCACUGCCUGAUCACUUAAAUCAGGGGGCGAAACCCAGGAGACAUUUGCCUUUGCCUGUUCGACCAGACAGACACACUGGGGCGUGUGGACACACCACCUCCAGCCCCUUGUCCCCACUGCCCUCUUGGGCAAUGGGAGCAGUCAGUGCCCUGUCUUAUACCUCAGUGUCUGAUUCUUAGGAACUGUCUACUUUUGUAAAGGAAUGUAUGUAAUUUAAAAUCAUCUUUCUGUUCUUUGUUAGUAGAUAUGCGUACAAACGACGUGUUAAUAAUUUCCAGUGUUAAUUAAAUCUUAUUUUUUCUUAGUUGGGGAAAAAAAGAAUAUGAUUUAAAUGGUGCAUAAUUAUUAUUGCUAGACAUACGUAUUACUAUUAUUAUCUCUAUUAUGACUGAUCUGCUUAAAAAGAAACUCUAGAAAGAGUCCCAUGUUCAAAUGGAAAAUGCCUGUGUGGCCAGUUAACCCUUCUGUUUCUUUUUCAAAAUAAGCCAUAGAAGAACCAAAUCAAUACAGGACAUAUCCAAAUAAAUUAAGUCAAAACAGCAUUAUUUUUAAAAAGGAAAGGAGGGGAUCCUGGAAAGUACACUGGUACAAUAAAUUGAGCAGAUCCCAAAAUGGGCUUGUCCUUUUGCGGACGUUCUGUUGGGUAAAAGUCGAUAUGCAGAAGAAACGACAACAAUUUUGAGGCAAGAAGAUGCAAAGCUAUGUAUAUGCUGCUUACCUUGAAAUCCAUGCUGUCCUUCUUGUUGAAAACAUACUUGUAUUGUUUUAGUCCUUUCAUUAGGCCUGACUUUUCUGCUGUGUCUAGUAGGACAGGAUGCUGCUGAAUACUGAUGUCUGCGAGCAGGCACAGCUAAUGAUGCUGCAGGAGGCAUUCGGCUGCCAGGGCUUAGGCCUCUGGUCCCUCCUGGCCCUUAUUAGGACUCUGAGAGCUGUGAGUUUUUCACGACUGGAUGUUAAAUUGAUGCAGUGCCAAUGCCCAGCUUGAGCCAAGAACGCAUUUAUGAGCUACAUACUUUAAAAAACGCUGUUCCUAUUUUUCUUGCAUCUUUAACAAGGUUGUAGACUAAAUCUUAGUUGUUCAUGCCAAGGCCAACUAGCUAUUCAUAGUAAAUUCAUAAUAAAGCAUUUAGAUUGGCUGGUCUGUAAUAGUUGUAAUAUAAUGGAACAUGGAUAUAUAAUUUCCUGAUAAGCUCUGAUAUGUUUGUUGCAUUAUUUGCCAAUGUUGCCAGUUUGUUCUGAAUAGUGUAAUCCCUGCAUUUAAUAGAAAUGUGUACAUAUAGUACACGUUUCUGUGUAAACUGGAAAAGGGCUCCUUUAGUGUGCUGGAACAGGUUUAGGUAACAUCUGUGUUUUCCCAGGGAGGUAACCGUGGCUGUUAACCACAGAUGCUCAUUGGAACACAAGCCACAUUGUACCUUGGCAGCUGCCUGUGCACUACCAGAAAGAGAGAUACUCUGAGGAUGAGAGGACCCUAGACCCUCUAGCAGGAGCUGCCCCUUGACUUUGCGAGUACGAAAGCACAGCCCUCCACCCACACUGGCUGAAAGCACAUCCGUCGACACUGACGAAGGCGCCAAAUAGAACUGAACGUGCAGCUACAUCUCCCAAUGUGCUGUGAUAGACGGUGAUAUAGUCUGAUUAGGAGAUGGACUGAGAUGGCAUAUUUGGUUUGAGAGUCCGAACCACAGCUUCUGUUCAUCUCUUGGGGUGGAAAUGUGUCAGGCAGAAUAGCAUAAUGGAGAAGAUAUAGAAAAAUGAUUACACCAACUGAAAACUCAACAGAUUAAACAUGCAAAUAAGAGGCAACAGGGAGUUCUCAGCAAGAUGGCCUUGGUCAGGUGACAUUAUUAAUGAUGAAGUAUUGCAUGCAGGCCUACCCCAUUUAUUUCCUAAUUUAUUUUAGAAUAAUUAGAAUAUUGGAUGUAUAAAGAAAAUGCAUGCUCAAGUCCUACAGUAGAAUUUUUAGAACAUAAAGGCCAUCCUGCAUAACUUGGGUCAAAAAUGGGCUAAUGGCCAAGUUAGAACUACCAUUUCACACAACCUUAAAGUCAACUGAGAGAAAAUGCAGAGAACUGUGGAGAAUUUUCUUAGAUAAGGGAAAUGUGCCUCUGGAGCUGUGUGUUAUUGACAACUUCCCCGUGCUGUGAAAUAUUUGCUGCUUUAGUUUUAUCUGUAGAAAUACAGGGCUGUAGAAAUGCAAGUCACAAUCUAACUACACCUUGUGUGUUUGCUAGCCAUCUCACCACUGGCAGGUAAACACGGCUGGUUGUAAUAAUGAACUUGCUGUGGUGAUAAAGUCACUAGGACAGUCGCCAUGCCUUUUGUGGUUCUUCACACUGGGUUAGAAUGACUGAUUUAUUACUCUGAUCUAUGACUGUACUUCUUAUAUCACAUUUAUAUUCAUCAGACGCGUUUAUUCAGAGGAACUUGCAGAGGUGCAUAUAAAAAGGUUUAGCCAACAAAGUGCAGAUGCCAAGUCAUUAGGGUCACAAGCGACAGUAGCCAUUAAUACAUACAGUAACUUAUCUCGUAGUAGUAAACAUAUAAACUCACAACAUAAAGUUAAGUGCCACAGUAGGUGUAAUGAGGAGAGGGAGAAGGUAGUGGCUCAAGUAGGAAAUGGGUUUGAAAUCUUAAUAAAUGUUCAGAAUUCUGCUUUAGGUGAGCAGAGAUGCAAUGUGCGUUUUCAGUCUGCGGCAGAAGGUGGACAGUGACUCUGUUAUCCUGACUGUAGUGGGGAGCUCAUUCCACCACUGGGGGGCCAGAGAACAGAAAUGUAUGAAUGGCACGAGAGACCUUUAACGGAACAGACAGUAAGACAACCGGCAGAUGUGGAGUAGAGUGCUCUGGCAGGAGUGUAAGGUUUGAUAAUAAAUUGCAGGUAAGCGAGUAGGGUUCUUGGUGGAGAGCACUGCAGUGAGUCCAAUAGGGUUGACUGAUCAGCACAUAGUACUGCUUAAUAAGUGUAAAUAUGAAUAAAUGAUCUUUCAGUCCUUCACAAACUUUACAGUGGUAGAGUUUCAAAGUGACAGAUAACAGGAAUGACUGUUAAAAUUUUAGGGGAAAACUGUUGGCAUUUGUGUUUGAAUAUUAGUGUGUUUGUGUGAAUAUUUGUGUGUGGUGGGGGCAGUGGGGAGGGUGGUAUAGAGGAAGGGAAAAAAAGAGUAUGUGUUGAUGGAAACUUGAGGAAACAGAGAAAAAAAAAAACAUAGGAACACAAACACUAUUCCUUUCUUGCGUAUGUGGUGCCGUAGAACACAUUGCUGACAUUUAUGGCCAUUCAGAGCCAGGCAAAUGGAUAAAUAAGUCAGAAUGGCUUCCGUUGUCUUGCUCCAAUUUAAUGUGUAUUACUUCUUUAUGUUUAGUAAUUACAAGGAAACACACACUUUUAGGUUUUCAGAGCAUCAAUUACAGUGUGUGAAGCAGCCGAGGGGAAAAUGAACAUGUCCUCAUAACUCUGUGGUGCCAGAGCGGAAUAAAACCAGAGAGAGAUGCUGAUUUUCUGCAUUUCUCCACAACUAAACAGAAUGCCUAAUUGCCUAGCACUGGGCUGGGGUCCAAACACAUCUGCUAUGAAUGGGUAUUUACCCUAAGUUAAAUGACAUAAGGAAAGGGCUGGUGAAUUUGUGCCUCACACAGACAAAGGAAAACAGGCUCUGAUCAGGCCAGGGAGAAAUGUGAAAGGGGCAACUUCUCCUUAACUAAACCCUACAGUUUCAGGUGAUUUGGCAGCAGUUGAUACUUAAGCUUCCACAUGCUUCAAACAAACCACUGUUCGGAACGUUGGAGGGUGUCGGAAAGGUCCUUUCGGACAUUCGGAUUGGAGGAGUCUGUCAGAAAUUUUUUGUAACUUUCUGAAACCGACCUUCCAAAGUCCACGCCCACUUUCCACAGUGAUUUGACAGGUGUGUAAUGGGCAGGGUUUCAGGUGGUCUGCAAAUUCUCAAAUGUAAUUUGUAGGGAUGGGCAUGCUGGCUUCUUCCAGAGAGUCAGAUCGUUUGGCUCAGCUCACCAAUAAGAGCACCAAUAUAGAUCCUGCAAUUACAAUGUGCAAAACUGCUGCAUUCAACUCAGAACUAAACUGGACACUUUUCUUUCUUCUUCAAUUAUUAUUCCUACUACAAUAUUUCCUGAUAGUGGUUUUAUUUCUUUUUGGCCUAUUUAUCUAUAUGCAUAAUUGUUGACUUAGUGUGGAUUCUCUUUUGCUCACAGAUGGAGCUUGUAAAUAAUAUGGCUAUUAAAUAUUUCCACAAUGUCAUAUAGAUAAAUCUAUUGUGAUUUAAUUAGAAUGACAUAUGGUAAUAGGCUAUCAAAUGAGGACUGUUGCUGCUCAGUUCAAAAACUUUACUUGUUGAGCACGUCACCCAUCUCUCUUUCAGCACAACACUGCACAGUGAUUGACUGAUUAAUUGACCAGUUAGGACAUUCUUUUUACAUAGAUACAGUUGGCAGAUGAGAAGACAACAUAUAACACAUCAAUGCAGUUUAUUGUCUAUAGUCUUUAUUUUAUUAUUUUAAUGGUAUAGUUUAUUAAGCCACCAGUCAUUAAGUCAGAUAUCAUAGGAUAGAGUUUAGUGUACAAACAGCAACCCGGUCUGACAUGGUCGGACAAAGCAUUCUAUGAACCCGUUCGCUUGAAGCAUGUGGAAAACUUCAUAGGGCACUGGAGAAUAUAAAUCGUGUAGGAAAGGUACCUUAAAAAAUACAGCUGAAAAGCUGACAUGCCUUCAUAUCUGUCGUGAAAAGUGUUGUAUCACAAUACCUAUUAAUAUUACUGAGGGCUAUGCGUUAGUAAGACCUGUGUCUGCACUGUUACACAACUGCUUUGUUGUGGGAGUGAAUCAAAUAAGUUUCUGUUGACCUAAUUACUGUCUUGCUGAAAUGCCAAUAUUUGUACACAUAUGGCUAGUUAGGUAAACAGCCGCAUGGACAGUGUACUGGAACAGCUUGUGAGGUCAUACACUGUGACCUAGAGUGCAUCAGUAAACACACAAUGGUUUUUGCUUCAUUGGCUCACUCUCUAAGCUCAAACAUACUCUUGAGAAGCUGUUUGAAGCAGAAACCAGCACACUCACCCAGCACCCCACACUCUGCUCCAAAACACAUCUUGUGUCACAUCAUUUUUGACAGACCAAAUUACAACACAAAAGGCUUAGCUAUAUUGCACGCCAGGGAUAUGAGAUUUACUGGUCUUUAUAACCUUCUGUUUCCUUGGGAUAAAUCAAGCCUUCAAACUAGUGAAAUUUUUGUAGGCCUUUCAGUGUGUUCUCUUUAGUCUUCUUACCCAUAUCAAAUACAGAAAAUACUUUGCUUUGAUGCUAUUCCAUUUUAAUUUACCAUUACUGGUAUUUUACAAAUUCUAGGUGCAUCAUCUUGUGUUGAAAAAAUUCACUGGAUGUAGUUAGCUAGUUGGGUGUGAUAAUUUAUGACUUUCUCGUCACUUCGUCACGCAUUCUAAAAAGUAUUACCUCCUGAUCUUAAACCCUUGUGCUCUUAAUGAAAAUAUAAUAUUAGAUACAUCUACUUUACGCAAAAAUCUGUCUGCAUUGGGGACAUUUUAAAUCGACUCCUUACUUCAUUUUUCCACUGUUUGAUGACUAUAUAAUAGCAUUAAUGUGCUAAAUAUUUUACAAUGAUGCAGUCUACUGUAACUGUUUGACAGAAAAAAACACUGUUGUUAUUAAUCACAAUAACAACCAACUUGAUAACUUUAUUUAAUUUAUGGAUCUCUCCUAGGGUGAUGAUUUCCUAGAGAUAAUCACAGAUGUAGCACCACUGUUAAUUUAAA